AUGGCUAACGAAAGCUCAGACAGUGACGUUUACGUGAGACCCAAGAAAGACUAUCUCAGAAAGGCUUGGAAGUGGAUUCAACAUGCUGUCUGCUGUGGAGAGGAUUCGGACAUUGUUCAGACUCAAGAACCCUUUUACAGAGGACCAGACUUAGAGCCAACCUCCGAGUCAGGACCUGCCUCCGAGUCAGGACCUGCCUCAGAGUCAGGACUGGCCUUCGAGUCUGGACCUGUCUCAGAGUCAGGACCUGCCUCAGAGUCAGGACUGAUCUCCGAGUCAGGACCGACCUCAGGGUCUGGACCUGCCUCAGAGUCAGGACCUGCCUCAGAGUCAGGACUGGCCUUCGAGUCUGGACCUGUCUCAGAGUCAGGACCUGCCUCCGAGUCUGGACCUGCCUCAGAGUCAGGACUGACCUCCGAGUCAGGACCGACCUCAGAGUCUGGACCUGCCUCAGAGUCAGGACUGACCUCAGAGUCUGGACCUGCCUCAGAGUCAGGACUGACCUCCGAGUCAGGACCGACCUCAGAGUCUGGACCUGCCUCCGAGUCAGGACCGACCUCAGAGUCUGGACCUGCCUCAGAGUCAGGACUGACCUCCGAGUCAGGACCGACCUCAGAGUCUGGACCUGCCUCCGAGUCAGGACCGGCCUUAAAGUCAGGACCUGCCUCAGAAUCCGGACCGGCCUCAGAGCUGGGACCUGCCUCUGAGUCGGGACCAGCCUCUGAGUCAGGACCUGCCUCCGAGUCAGGACCUGCCCCUGAGUCAGGACCUGCCUCCGAGUCUGGACCUGCCUCCGAGUCUGGACCUGCCUCCGAGUCUGGACCUGCCUCCAAGUCAGGACCAGCCUUAGAGUCAGGACCUGCCUCAGAAUCCGGACUGGCCUCAGAGUCCGGACCUUCCUCAGCGUCAGGACCGGCCUUAGAGUCAGGACCUGCCUCAGAAUCCGGACCGGCCUCAGAGCUGGGACCUGCCUCUGAGUCGGGACCAGCCUCUGAGUCAGGACCUACCUCUGACUCGUGACCGUCCUCUGAGUCGGGACCUGUAUCUGAAUUCCUCUGAGUCGGGACCGUCUUCCGAAUUAUCACCCGCCUCUGAGACCCUCUGAGAUGAAAAGGACAGAAACGUUCCCCUAAUCCCUCUGGUAAAAAAGGUGGUUGAAUGAAAUCCAAACCUUUUAUGGUUCCUCUGAUAUCAAAAUUUUUUGUAGGCAUUGUUUACACAGUGACUACAAAAAACAUGCCACAUGCAGCACGAAAAAAAAACAACAUCAAAAGUUCAAAUUAUUCCCAGGUGUUAAACAGCAUAAAAGCUGUUGCCUGAAAAUGUGACAAAAAAAUACUCCAAAACAGUCCAAAACCCAGGCAGCACUGCUGAGCAGGAAACAAGAGCUCAACACAGGUAGCGACUGGUAAACGGUUGGACAGCAGACAAUGGACUCGGGAGGAGCAAUCGCAGAUGAGGACUCGGGAGGAGGCGGGACCCACGGAGGUG